AUGGUUGACGUGGAGGGCAGCAGCAGGGGAUCUGCUCCGAAUCUGCCCAUUGGCGUCAUAGAAGGAACUUCCACCGCCGUUCCAACAGGGCAACCGGCGACUCCACUUGUUUUGUCCCCAUCUUUUGCUGCUGAUUUGCCUGUCUCGGGUGAUGACUUGGGUGAUGGGCGUAGCUUCGGCCAGCUUGCAGCUGCGAUGGGAUCUGAACAUGUAGUGGACGGUGCACCCGCAUUCAUGGAGCCAUCAAUUAUUGGUGAUGAGAGCGACGAUGAAGAGGACACCGCAGUUGCCGUGGGAGCUCAAACCCAUAGUAGCAGUGGUACACAGCAGUACCCUCAACACUUUACCACAUUGGACCUUGAAGCAAUGAACCAGGCCGCAAAUGUAGAUCAGCAUCACCCGGUGAUUCACGGAGAAAGGCCUAGCGUGAUUGGCACGGACGAGUUUGAGGUCGGGCAACGGUUUGAAACAAAAGAGGAAGCUGUACUGACAAUCAAGAGUUAUAAUAUUCGGCGGGGUGUAGAGUAUAAAGUGUUUGAGUCCGACCAGUUGAAGUAUCAUGGGAAGUGUGUCCAGUUCGGGAAUGGUUGUAAUUGGCUGAUCCGUGUCACUAUGAGACAGAGGAAAGGCUACUGGAAAGUUAGAAAGUACAAUGAACCACACACGUGUCUAGCAACGGAGAUAUCAAUGGAUCACAGGCAGCUAGAUUACCAUGUCAUAUGUGCCUCGAUUUUAUCGUUGGUGAUGGCUGAUGCAUCAGUCUCAGUUAAGGUGUUACAGAAUGCGGUGUCUUCGAAGUUUGGGUUCAAGCCCAGCUACAGGAAGGUUUGGAUAGGCAAGCAGAAGGCAAUUGCUCAGAUAUAUGGAGAUUGGGAGGAGUCUUACAACCACAUACCACGGUGGAUCAUCGGGGUUGAGUUGUAUAUGCCGGGUACUAUUGCGCUUUUGCGUACUUCGCUAGUGAGGAUAGGUAAGACCGUAGAUGCGUCAACGGUUUUCUUUCAUCGACUAUUUUGGACGUUUCCUCCAUGCAUUGAGGCAUUUAAGUAUUGCAAGUCACUGAUAUCCAUUGAUGGGACCCAUUUGUAUGGGAAGUAUGGCGGCACUCUGCUAAUGGCUAUUGCCCAAGAUGGAAACUCGAACAUUCUCCCAGUGGCUUUCGGGUUAGUCGAAGGCGAAAACACGGAUUCGUGGAAGUUUUUCCUCACUAAUCUCUGCCAGCAUGUCACCCCUAAACCCGGCAUUUUAGUCAUAUCUGAUCGGCACAAUGCCAUCAAGGCUGCCUUACUUGCAGAGGACGGUGGAUGGCUCCCACCGUCGGUAUACCGGGCAUUUUGCGUGCGACACAUCGCGGCUAACUUCGCACUAUCAUACAAGUCUAAGGAAGCCCGGAGGAUUCUCGUGAAUGCCGUAUACGCAAAGACUGAGGAGGAUCAUCGGUAUUACAUGGACAUUUUGCGGAAGGAAGAUCCUGCAAUGGUUGAAUGGUGCGACAGGAUUGGGUUGGAGUUGUGGACCCAAUAUCGGGAUGGUGGUCGUCGAUAUGGUCAUAUGACGACUAACAUCUUUGAGUGUAUCAACGCCGUGUUUAAAGGCACACGCAACCUCCCGGCGGGUUCGUUAGUUAAGUCAACAUAUGGGCGUUUGGCCGAGCUCCUUGUGCGGAAGGGAAAGGAGGCCGAGUCUCAGGUCGGAGCAAAGCAAGAAUUUUGUCAGACCCUUAUGAAGGCGAUCGAGAGGAAUUUACAAGCCUCUAGAAAUAUGUGGGUGGAUCUGUAUGAUAGGGGAAACUCUGAGUUUGUCGUUGAGGAACUUGCGCCGACCGCGGGAAGGAUUGCAAUGAGUGUGUGUCGGGUGUCUCUAUCCUCCUGCACAUGCGACUGUGGAUACUUUCAAACCCUCCACUACCCGUGUCGUCAUGUGCUUGCAGAUGAUCUCUUACCCAUAUACGAGGGACCUCGUGUUAUCCCCGAUCCUGGCAUGAUGCAGGCUGCAGUUGGAAGACCUCGGAGCACUAGGAUAAGGAAUAGUAUGGAUGAGGCGGAUCCGGAUAGACCCAAGAGAUGCGGACUGUGUAGGACCCCAGGUCAUACCAGAAGAAACUGUCCACAGCGCCCAGGAGCUUCUGGAUCACACGAAGGUAGCAAUGCAUAG